AUACAUGUGUCGCUCGAGUUGAAUUGGCUGGGUGUGCAGCGUGCUCAAGCCUUCUGCGCAUGAGUUUUCGUGAGACUUUCUCGGGAUACCAGCAUGACUCAACGAUAUGCUCUAGUUUAUGAGUAACUUCUUUCUAGAAUAGAAUCGAUGGCCUAAUCGCGCAAUGUGGUAGCAUAACCGGCCGAAAGAUAGGGUUUGAUAUGAUCAUGUAGUUGUUACUGCUGGUGUUCUGUAAGAGAAUUGGCAAUUUUCUGUCAGAAUGUCCUUAGUCGCUGUGGGUGCAUGUUACGUUGAUACUAUUCUCACAACCCCUCACUACCCUGGCGAAGAUGAGAAGCUCCGCGCUUCGAAUAUUUCACGGCGACGUGGGGGCAAUUGUCCCAACUCUCUUGAAGUCCUCCAGCAAUUGACGGGGUAUGAUGCUUGCGCAACGGGAGUAUCUCUGAACCUUGUUGCUGUUCUGCCAGCGAAAUCUUCGACUGCUUCUCAACAGAUCCGGUCUGUCUUUGAGCCCCGCGUCCAGCUCAGUCACUGUAUCUAUCGAGAGCAAUAUGCGGAGCCCGCUUCAAGUUAUAUUAUCAAAAGUCAAUCCACUGGGAGCAGGACUAUUGUCAACUAUAAUGAACUACCUGAGAUGACGGCGGAGGAAUUCAAACGAAUUGCAGAUGACCUAGGCUCAAAGGCUACUUGGUUUCAUUUUGAGGGUCGGAUACCUGAUGUAACGCUAGCAUGUAUACGAUAUCUCCGGCAACAAUUUCCAUCCGUGCGGAUUAGUGUCGAGGCAGAAAAGCCUGGACGACAAGGCUUACAAGAACUCGCUAUGGAAGCUGAUGUUGUCUUCUAUUCAAAGAGCUGGGCUCAGGGAAACGGGUACACAUCGGCAAAAGAGUGCCUCCAAAAGCAAUCGUCACUUACACGUAAAGCGCAAUUCCUUUUUUGCACAUGGGGUCAGGACGGGGCAGUGGCUCUAGAGACAAGAAGCGGCGACUUGAUUCAUAGGCCAGCAUAUACAACAACGGGCUUCAAAGUCGUCGAUACCAUAGGCGCGGGGGAUACAUUUAUAGCCGGUAUGCUUCACGCAUUAACAUCCCGAAGUGAUACUUGGGAUCUUUCGCAAAAGCUCGGUUUUGCAAAUCGAGUGGCAGGAAUGAAAGUAACCCAAGAGGGCUUCUCCGGCCUGGAAAGGGCAUUAGAGUCUUAUCCUUAAAUUUAUAGUACUCGAUGAGCACGUAGAGC